AUGUCUAAUGACCACAAUAAGAUAAGGGCGGCUCCGAUCAACGGGAUACAAAAAGAUAUUUUGGUGGAGUUUAUGCAGCAACAUGAAGAUCUACAAAGCGCGAAGUUUACAAAAGAGUUUACUUUCAAAAAAGCCCAACAUCUUUGGAACGAAAUCGCCCUAAAACUAAAUGCUGUUCCAGGAGGGGCCCAUAAAGAGUGGAAGAUGUGGCGUAAAACUUGGCAGGACUUAAAGAAAAAUGUCAAGUUAAAGGCUACAAAAGACAAAUUGUACCUACAUGGAACAGGAGGGGGGCCAGAAAAUGUCACCAUUCUGGACAAUACAGAGAACACUAUACUAGAAAUGAUUCCAAAGGUAUCAACAUUUGGAGAAGCAAGUGUCGCCAUUCCAAAUGCUUACUUUGAUUUUGGUGAGACUGAAGUAGUAGUUGUAGAUGAGGCUGUAAUGCAAAAUAAAGAAAAUACUGAUAUGGAAAACUGGGACAAAUCGAUACAGGAUCAACAUGAAAUGGAUCAUGGAUAUGCUUUGCAGCCUGAACCAACAACCAGUACACCUUUAAAUAAAAAGUUUAAAGUAGUUACAAAAACUAGAAGGCUCGAACAUUCAUUAAAAAAUUGUCAGAAGUUGGUCAAAGUCGAGGAAGCAAAAAAAGACAUUGUGGAGAAUUAUUAUAAAGAAAAAAUCAGGUUUUAUCAAAAUAGAACAAAGUACCAAGCUGAAAAAUUAAUAUUACUUAAAAAAUCCAAUGAACUGCAGAAUGAAUCCAAUCUAGUUAAAAAAGAGAUUUUAAAAGAACUUGUAAACAUGAAACAUAUAAUAACAAAAGAUAUUUAA